AUGCAGAGCCGGCGCUUCCUAUACGCAGACUACGCAGUAUGCAUAGGGCCCCGCAGCUGGAAGGGCCCCGGACAGACUCGAACGAACACGAAGUGGAACGUGAAGUUUAAUAUUCAGGAGAGAAGUGCUGAUAUUGACACCAGAUCUUAUACCCACCACUUCUACUUUGGUAGCUUCAAUCAGGGGACCAAUAAUCAAGACUCAAAGAAGGAGAAAGAUUAG